AUGUCUUCCCCCCCAACGUCCAAGAGGCUCAAGACGUCAGCGACAACCACUGCUCCCUCACAUCUCUUAGCACAGCAACAAAUUCACCCUUUCCACCAGGUGCCGCGCUUUGAAGGAAUUCCCAUUCCGACAGCACCUCUCCCGCAACAAACCCACACCACUUCACGCAAACGUGGACAAUCACCAAGCGGGGGCUCAUCCCUCAUGAUGGCGCCGCAGAUGAAUCCCGGGGCCGCGAUCGAGGGUGACCCGGGCGCACUCGCCGCCCCCGCGGAGCCCGCCCCAAAGAAAAAGGGUCGUACGAACACGCCAUGGACAGCCGAGGAAGAACAACGCCUGAAGACGAUGCGAGAUGCGGGCCGUAGCUGGAGCGAGAUUGCGAAGACAUUUACGACUAGGACUGAAGGCAGCGUGAAGAAGCAUUGGUAUAAAGACAUGCAUUAUGCUGAGUUCGCCGAAGAUGAGUCUAUAAAACUUCGUGAGGCUAUCAAAGAUUAUGAAGCCAAUAAGUGGAAGGUAAUUGGGGCAAAAGUUGGCAAGCCCGCUAAGGCAUGUGAACAGUAUGCCAAAGAGCACUUCAAGAAUCUUUGA